AUGACGGGGAUCAUGCAGGUGGAUGGCCUCAAGGGAACCUUUCCAGAGCAGGCGCAUAUACCAGACCGGUCUCAGGGAGCAGGGGCAGACGCGGGGAGAGCAGGGGCAGACACAGCACUUCGCAUACACGACGAGCCCGUCUCGCCGACCGAGGAUGGCAUAGCGGUCUCGUACAGUUCGUGGGAUAGCCACCGCGACGAAAGCCCCUCAGACUCGUCGAAGGACACCGAGUCAAAAGACGUGCCCUCCGUCAGCGCAGCACUGAACGCUGCGUUCGGCUCGCCCGCCGUGCCAGAGGACGUCGCAGACACAGCUGGGGAUGCUCCUGAACACCCGCUCGCGUUCAAUACACACCCACCGUCUCCUCCACCGUGGGAGCACAUCAACCCGCCCUCGUCCGGCGCGCAGCGCGACGGAUUCUCGUCUGCGAACACGCGCGUGGUGCACGACUUCACUGGCAAGCCGAUUCGCAGUCGCCCCGUGGUCCCCUUCUCCUCGUAUUAUUUUGGGCCACCGCCACCAGAAGCAGCGUACGGCACUCCACCCAUGGGUCAGAUAGGUAUGCACCACCCGCGAGAGGUCGUCCGCAUCGAGCGUGACUACACCGGUGGCGAGCUCAUCCAAUUCGCACCAACGUAUCCGCUGGAAUUAGAGGGCAGGUUAACCCCAACACAGUUCCUUGAGACAGUCAACGCGAUUAACGAGCGGCUGAUCGAGGCUCACAGCCUGCGGCACGCUGCCAUCGACAACGCGUUGGCUUUUUUCUCGCUACAGCUAUCCAGGCUUGUUUUCAUGUCCCAUUAUGACAAGGAAAUGCAACGACUGCAGAGUUUAAUUCAGGAUCUCAAUACGCGGUUGUACAACCCCGUCGGCCUCCAUAUACGCUGGCCGCGCAAGGUCGCGUUUUUGUUCCUUGAGAUAGAGUACUAUUGA